AUGCGUACCGUAUAAAAUCCAAGAGUGAAAACUGAAAACCCUAGAUCCCAGCUUCACGACCCCCUUCGCCGCCACCCCUCGAGUCCCCGAGACCCCCAACCUCUUCGCCCUUCCCUCCUCCCGCCGCCGCCGCCGAAGCCCCGCUCGAAGAAAUGGUGAGAGCAAGUGUGCUCAAUGAUGCCCUUAAGAGCAUGUACAAUGCUGAAAAGCGGGGCAAGCGCCAGGUCAUGAUCAGACCAUCAUCGAAGGUCAUCAUUAAGUUCCUCAUCGUCAUGCAAAAGCACGGAUACAUUGGGGAGUUUGAGUUUGUUGAUGAUCAUCGUUCUGGUAAGAUAGUAGUUGAACUCAAUGGAAGGCUCAACAAAUGUGGUGUGAUCAGCCCACGCUUUGAUGUUGGUGUGAAGGAAAUUGAGUCCUGGACAGCGAGGCUGCUUCCCUCACGUCAGUUUGGCUACAUCGUUCUCACCACCUCUGCUGGCAUCAUGGACCAUGAAGAAGCGAGGAGAAAGAAUGUGGGAGGGAAGGUCCUUGGCUUCUUCUACUAGGAAAAUCUAGUAUCCACUUAUCAGAUUAUCCCAGUAACUGUUAAGUUAAAAGAGCAUAGUUUUGUAGCUGUCUAGAAGCCAAAAGCACGCAGAGAUCACCUAUUCUGCAUUGUCUUGUUCUGGAUUUUUUUUGACCCAUUUAGUUUUUGUCACUAAGUUGCUGCUUGGCCCCCUUUUAGGCUUGUUGCAUCAGUUGGAUGCAAUCUGCUUGUGUACCUGGUAUGUUAGUUCUGAAUCUUGGUACACUAUGAUGAACUCACUUGAGCUGAGUGCAUGUCGAGCGAUUUGCUGACUCAUCCUGUAUUACUGUAUCCCCCAA